AUGACUGACAAAAUAGAGAGGCAUACCUUCAAAGUCUUUAAUCAAGAUUUUAGUGUAGAUAAGAGAUUUCAACUUAUCAAAGAAAUAGGACACGGAGCAUAUGGUAUAGUGUGUUCAGCGAGGUUUGCAGAAGCUGCCGAAGAUACCACAGUGGCUAUCAAGAAAGUGACCAAUGUUUUUUCGAAGACUUUACUGUGUAAAAGAUCAUUACGUGAGCUAAAGCUUUUGAGGCAUUUCAGAGGCCACAAAAAUAUAACAUGUCUUUACGAUAUGGAUAUCGUUUUUUAUCCAGACGGAUCUAUCAAUGGACUAUAUCUUUAUGAGGAACUUAUGGAAUGUGAUAUGCAUCAAAUUAUCAAAUCCGGCCAACCUUUGACGGAUGCUCAUUAUCAAAGUUUUACAUACCAAAUAUUAUGUGGUUUGAAGUAUAUUCACUCCGCUGAUGUCUUGCAUCGUGAUUUGAAGCCCGGUAAUUUGCUUGUCAACGCUGAUUGUCAAUUAAAAAUCUGUGAUUUUGGGUUAGCUCGAGGGUAUUCUGAGAAUCCAGUCGAAAACAGUCAAUUUUUGACAGAGUAUGUAGCCACGAGAUGGUAUAGAGCUCCAGAAAUCAUGUUGAGCUACCAAGGAUAUACCAAGGCGAUUGAUGUGUGGUCUGCAGGUUGUAUUUUGGCCGAGUUUCUUGGCGGAAAGCCAAUCUUUAAGGGAAAGGAUUACGUUAAUCAAUUGAAUCAAAUACUGCAGGUUUUAGGAACACCCCCAGAUGAAACUUUAAGAAGAAUUGGCUCUAAGAAUGUUCAAGACUACAUUCAUCAAUUAGGUUUUAUUCCAAAAGUUCCUUUUGUCAAUUUAUUUCCGAAUGCCAAUUCACAAGCCUUAGAUUUAUUGGAGAAAAUGCUCGCGUUUGACCCUCAAAAGAGAAUUACCGUCGAUGAAGCCCUAGAACAUCCUUACUUGUCUAUAUGGCACGAUCCAGCUGACGAACCUGUUUGUAGUGAGAAAUUCGAAUUCAGCUUUGAAUCCGUUAAUGACAUGGAGGACUUGAAACAAAUGGUUAUACAAGAAGUUCAGGAUUUCAGACAGUUUGUGAGACAACCACUACUAGAAGAGCAAAAGCACCUGCUGCAGCUGCAGCAACAGCAACAGCAACAGCAACAGGUUCCCAAUUCGGAUAUUGGAAACCAUGGAAUUGUAGAAGAAAAUUAUUCAAAACAAAUGGCUACCCCUAAUUCUGUUGCGUCACAACAGGAAUCCUUUGGCAUUCACUCUCAGAACUUGCCCAGGCAUGACACGGAUUUCCCUCCUCGACCUCAGGAAAGCAUGAUGGAAGUGAGAUCUGCCACUGGGGCCACUACAAGCAUCCCACCUCAGAAUAACAAUGACACGCUCCUAGAUCUUGAAAGAGAGCUGGAGUUUGGAUUAGAUAGAAAGUAUUUCUAG